CGGCGCAUGCGCAGUAGAGCGGCGAGUCGAGGGGAGCGACCCGACAGCCGCAUCGAUGCCAGUGACCCUGUAGGAUGCUCCGCGCGCGGAUGGCUUUAUUACCGUGUGCAUCAGCCCCGGGCCUGUGAGCGGAUCCGGUUAGAUCUGGGACCGAAGGUGUUUCCCUCGGCACGGAAGAACGGGAUCCCGCGACCUUGCGCUGAAUGUCAUUAGAACCGGGCUUUCAUCGCGCUACGAUAACUAGGAUUUGAGUCUCGGCGAUGGAUUUCGUAAAGCACAUAAUCAACGACACGGUCGAGUUCUACAGAUGGAGCCUGACCAUCGCAGACAAGCGUGUGGAGAAAUGGCCGCUGAUGGACUCUCCUCUCCCCACGCUGGCCAUCAGCUCCUCCUAUCUGCUGUUCCUCUGGCUGGGGCCCAAGUACAUGCAGGGCCGAGAGCCCUUCCAGCUCAGGAAGACCCUCAUCGUCUACAACUUCAGCAUGGUCAUCCUUAACUUCUUCAUAUUUAAAGAGCUCUUCCUCGCGGCGCGAGCGGCCAACUACAGCUACAUCUGCCAGCCCGUGGACUACUCGGACGAUCCCAAUGAAGUGAGGGUGGCAGCGGCUCUGUGGUGGUACUUUGUUUCUAAAGGAGUGGAGUACCUCGACACCGUGUUCUUCAUCUUACGCAAGAAGUUCAACCAAAUCAGCUUCCUGCACGUCUAUCACCACUGCACCAUGUUCACUCUGUGGUGGAUCGGCAUCAAGUGGGUCGCCGGGGGACAGUCGUUCUUCGGGGCUCACAUGAACGCAGCCAUCCACGUCCUGAUGUACCUGUAUUACGGGCUGGCCGCAUUCGGCCCAAAAAUACAGAGAUAUCUGUGGUGGAAGAAGUACCUGACCAUCAUCCAAAUGGUCCAGUUUCACGUCACCAUCGGUCACACGGCUCUGUCGCUCUACUCCGACUGUCCCUUCCCCAAGUGGAUGCACUGGUGUCUGAUCGGAUACGCCCUCACCUUCAUCAUCCUCUUUGGGAAUUUCUAUUACCAGACGUACCGCCGCCAGCCCCGACGAGAGACCGCGACCAAACCCGGCAAAGCCCUUCACAACGGAGCCUCCAACGGAGCCCUGGCCUCCAGCAACGGGAACGCCGGCAAGACGGACGAGAAGCCGGCGGCGGCCGAGAGCGGCAGGAGGAAGAGGAAGGGCCGAGCCAAGCGCGACUGAAGCGUCUGACGGGCGUCCGGCAAACAGUACGACUGCAGAGAGAGAGAGAGAAAAAUGAGCCUAGAUGUAAAGAGACUGAACGAUACCCUUCCUUACCGUCCCCCUUAAAGAGACAGUUCACCCAAAAAAUCAUUUACUCGGCCUCGAGUUGUUUCCGAACCUGUACGGGUUCCUUGAACAAAAGAAGAAGACGUUAUGAAGAAAGUCAGCUGACGGCAGCCGCUGAUGGAAGAAAUACCACGGAAGUCAAUGGCUGCCGUCAGCUGUUCAUUUUUGGUGAACUGCCCCUUUAAGUUUGGCACGUUAUUGUAUGCGUCUGCCUUUUUUGCAUCGCUAUCCUAACGCCAGUCAGUGUACGAUGAUCAUGAGAAAGAAGUCACGAUAACAUUUCCUAUGGUGCGAUCCAAAAGUCGACUCGCGAGAAUCCUUCACUGAUUCUGUUAUCAGCAUGACAAAACGAGUGGAAAAGUGUCUCCAGCAUGAUCCGAGCUCCAAAACCCUCCAGGAAGGAGAAAACCCGGCCAUCUGUACAAAGAGUCGCACGAUUAGUCCGAUAGAAAUAGCUGAAACGCUUCGUCUUGGUCUUACGGACUUUUGGACCUCACUGUAUAUCCGUUGUUUGUAAAGCAUAUUCGUGUCUGUUCACGUUUCACGUCAGGAUGUGUUUCCGUGGGUCCUGUGCAGCUUCAGCUUCUCUGAGAAUUAGGGGUGACCGGCGAUAUACAGUUAUAUAGUUUUCGAUCAAACCUCCGAUAUGAAUGACGGGGAAGAUAAAUAUCAGUUCGGUGCUUCUGCGGCCCGGCUUGGAAACGGAUCAAAUAUCUGCGUCCAUUAUCAGACCAAUUCAGUAGCCGAGAUCGGCCGGGACGGAUGCAGCGGCUUUUAGCUUUCCAUCGGGAAAUCACUGCAUCCGAACAGGAUUGGGAAGUGUGUUUGUAGCUACUGUACCGUAUCGUGCAUAAAUAAAAAAAAGUCUUAAGCUCCGCGUCAUUUUAUUUUAUUUUUCUUUCUCGUUUGGAGCGGUCACUGAAAUACAUCACGUGUUUUGUCUUGAAUUUUUUAUAAUGUUGUAUAUUCUGUGCGAUUUUGUACAUUGUGCUUUUGAAAACGAUCAUCGAUCAUCGGCUCGUUUCUUUCUUUUCGAAUGACAGAUAUACAUUGCUGUAUAUAUAAAAAAAAAAAUAAUAAAGUAAAUGCCAAUGCGUA